AACUCUUAGGUUAAUUUUGGCGGAUGGAGAGGGAACUGGUGGAUUUGUUCGAGGCCGCCAAGAAAGCGGCUGAUUUGGCCGCUUCCUCCGACGUCGUUUUCCCCAACGGCGCCGACGUUUCAAGAUGCGUCGACGCCUUGAAGCAGCUCAAGGCUUUCCCCGUCAGUUACGAUAUUCUUGUUUCCACUAAGGUUGGAAAAAGGCUUCGGCCCCUCACAAAGCAUCCCAGGGAGAAGAUUCAAACUGUGGCUUCUGACUUGCUUGAGUUCUGGAAAAAAAUUGUUAUCGAGGAGACUGCCAAGAGCAAGAAAAACGGCACCACUGGUGCUGUCAAGUUGGAGAAACUACCGAAGCCAAGUGCCAUGAAGUCUGAAAAGCCGUCCAAUACAGAAAGUGUGAAGGCUGAGAAAGUAUUAAAAGAUGGUUCAGUAAAACCUGUCAAAGUUGAGAAGAGGGAAUCAAAUGGAGAGAUUGAUAAGGUUGAAAAGAUUUAUAAGGAUGUAAGACAAGCACCUGAUGUAAAGAAACCAUUGCAGCCAUCUGCUGGUCCACCAAAGCUGACAUCAAUGGCCAAGUGCAAUGAUCCACUGCGUGACAAAUUUAGAGAGAUUCUUGUAGAGGCCUUUUCUAAAGUUCCCAGUGAGGUUGACAAGGAAAAGUUUGGUCAAGUUAAUGCUUGUGAUCCCAUCGAAGUUGCUGUAGCUGUAGAAUCUGUGAUGUUCGAGAAGAUGGGUAAAUCAAAUGGCACCCAGAAAUUUAAGUACAGAUCUAUAAUGUUCAAUUUGAAGGAUCCAAAGAACCCAGAUUUAAGGAGGAAGGUUCUUCUGGGAGAAGUGAUUCCAGAAAGGCUUAUUUCAAUGACCCCAGAGGAAAUGGCUAGUGAUGAAAGGCAACGUGAAAAUAAUGAAAUCAAACAAAAAGCUUUAUUUGAUUGUGAGCGAGGUCUUGCACCAAAGGCCACGACGGAUCAAUUUAAGUGUGGUCGUUGUGGUCAACGUAAGACCACUUAUUACCAAAUGCAGACAAGGAGUGCAGAUGAACCCAUGACAACGUACGUUACAUGUGUAAACUGCAACAACCAUUGGAAAUUCUGUUAGAGAGAGAAUCUAGAGAUCUGUCGUUCAUUCAUGCGGUGAAGAUGUAGGGAUCAAUUUAACUUAAAAAUAAUCUUUGAUUCAUAUUUAUCUGCUAUAGGGACUUUGAUAGGGAUAACUAGGCAUUUGACUGAUGACUUAGCGGCAUCACAACUUAUGUGCUUCCUGAAAGAGAGACUCGACUUGCGGCAAAGAUUGAGCUUGGAUGCACAUCCAGGGACACUGGUAAUUUCUUUGUCAGUUUCUUGUUGCAGAAGGCAUGAGGCGUUUCAUGUGAAGUAGCUUGCUUGUUCCUUUUUAUCACAAGUCAUGACCCUCGUAGGUUUAUUUGUUCAUUAAAGGGUAGGGAGAAUUUUAGUUUUAGAAGUAGCGUUAUUGUAU